AAUAAACUCCGAAGGCAUUCUGAUCAGACUAAAAUCUCAACUCAAGUGAAGAUCAAGUGUGUAAAAAAGAGAUACAUUUAUAUAUCAUUUAUAAAUAAUGAACAAACUAAAAUCACCCCGAGUAAAGUUAGCCAUCCAGUUGGUAACGUUACUGCAUUUUCACUGUGAAGUUUUCGCUAUAAGAUCAAAUGUUUCUGAGCUUACGGUGGAAAAAUCUGACAGAAAACCUGAGACUGAUUUCAUAUCGCAAGGAAACGAGUUAGGUCAAGUUACGAAAGAAAGCACAGUCAACAAAAUCUUUAACGUGGGCAAGUUAUCCGUAAAUAGCUUAAAAACUUUACAAACUAGUGGAAAUUAUGAAACUUUACGUACAUCGGACAUCCACAGUGAAGUGACAAAAGAAAAUUCAACAAACCAGUUGAAUUUCAAAGCUAGAAUAAGGACUGGGAAAUUUUUUCCGUUUUUCUUCAACUUAAAUCCAUUCUUUCCUCGGUAUUAUCAAGACAAUUAUCGGCCUAUACGUUAUCAGCCGUGUCCGUACAAAUGGGUAAGGCAGGAGAGAUAUUGGGCAUCUGGAAGCUGGCAUCCAGCCAAGUGGGUGUGGCGUCAAGGAAACUGUGCUCAGAAUCAAUACCUCGGAUUCGAUGCAGACAGAAAGAGCACUUCACAAAAUAAGAACGAGAAGAAAAUAGUCAACGGGGAUAAAAAAGAAAAGAAGAAGAAAUUUAGAGGGGGUUAUCACCGCAGGGGACAUUUUGGGCCAGGGUAACAUGAUUAGUUAAGAUUUGUAUGAUUAUUUAACAACAGAUUGUGUAUAUUUUUUUUUUUACAUAUUUAUGUAUGUAUGUAAGAUUUUGUGUACGCAGGACGUGACCGGUGUUUUUUUAUUUUGUGUAUAUUUAUUUUUAUCAGUAAAGAGUUAAUAAAAAAAUGUGAUUCAUUUUUAGCCAUUUAUUGGGUUAAAAUAAUGAAACC